GGCCUAUUAUAAGAGGGCAGAAGAUAACAUGAGCAUACAUAAACCCUACCCAGCAUCACACCUAGUCCUGGGCACAGAGAGCCGCUAUACCACACACAGACAUGGCCAGUAAGAAGGCUGCUAAUAAGAGACAGCGGGGAGCCCAGAAGAGCUGUUCCAAUGUCUUCUCCAUGUUCGAACAGUCUCAGAUACAGGAGUUCAAGGAGGCUUUCGGCUGUAUUGACCAAGACAGAGAUGGUGUGAUCAAAAAACAGGAUCUGAGAGAAACCUAUGGACAGCUAGGGAAGCUGAAUGUUAAGGAUGAGGAACUGGAUGAGAUGUUGAACGAGGGGAAGGGUCCCAUCAACUUUACUGUGUUCCUUACUCUAUUUGGAGAGAAACUCAACGGCACAGACCCUGAGGACACCAUCCUCGCUGCCUUCAAGCUCUUUGACCCAAACGGCACAGGUUUCGUCAACAAGGAUGAGUUUAAACGAUUACUGAUGAACCAGGCUGAUAAAUUCACAGCAGAGGAGGUGGACCAGACGUUCUCUGUGGCUCCAAUUGACGUGGCCGGCAACAUCGACUACAAGUCACUGUGUUACAUCAUCACACACGGAGACGAGAAGGAGGAGUCCUAAAGACCCUCAGCAAAAAACCCUGACCCCCAACCCAUAACCCCUGAUAAGGCAGAACUGGAAUCUCCUCUGUGGUUGUCUUUUGCCAAUCCAGUAAAGAAAUCAAAUCAA